CAGCUUUCACUCUUGCGACAACACACAGUAGCCUAUAUCUGACUGGUGCGGUCGGUGAAAAAGACGGCGCAUACAGGCUACGGACGGAAAGUCUCUCAAGAACUGUCCAUUGACACCGACGAGUGGAACAGAGUUAUCUUAAGGCGGGCGAGGAAGUCGAAGUAACAGGAUUAACAUAUUUUUUUUUCUUUUGACUAUCCGAAGCAUUUAAAUCCGGUAUUCCAUAAUGGCGACAGCUGCGGUGUCUGCGACUGCUGGCUCCGGGUCGGGAGCCGAGCUGGUCCGUGGGCAGGCCUUCGACGUCGGGCCUCGCUACAGCAACCUCUCGUACAUCGGGGAGGGCGCCUACGGAAUGGUGUGCUCUGCCUACGACCGUGACAACAAGAUCCGGGUGGCCAUCAAGAAGAUCAGCCCCUUUGAGCACCAGACGUACUGCCAGCGCACGCUGCGAGAGAUCAAGAUCCUGCUGCGCUUCAAACACGAGAACAUCAUCGGGAUCAACGACAUCAUCCGGACGCCCACCAUCGACCAGAUGAAGGACGUAUACAUCGUUCAGGAUCUAAUGGAGACGGACCUGUACAAGCUGCUGAAGACCCAGCAUCUGAGCAACGACCAUAUCUGCUACUUCCUCUACCAGAUCCUGAGAGGGCUCAAAUACAUCCACUCGGCUAACGUGCUGCACCGUGACCUCAAGCCCUCCAACCUCCUACUAAACACCACCUGUGAUCUUAAGAUCUGUGACUUUGGAUUGGCGCGCGUGGCUGAUCCCGACCACGACCAUACGGGGUUCCUAACGGAGUACGUGGCCACGCGCUGGUACCGGGCGCCAGAGAUCAUGCUCAACUCCAAAGGUUAUACCAAGUCCAUAGACAUCUGGUCGGUGGGUUGUAUUCUGGCUGAGAUGUUGUCCAACAGGCCAAUAUUUCCUGGGAAACACUACUUGGACCAGCUCAACCACAUUUUGGGGAUCUUGGGCUCCCCCUCCCAGGAAGACCUGAACUGCAUCAUCAACAUCAAGGCCAGGAACUACCUGCUGUCUCUGCCGCUGCGCUGCAAGGUGCCCUGGAACCGCCUCUUCCCUACCGCCGACCCAAAAGCGCUGGAUCUGUUGGACAAGAUGCUGACCUUUAACCCCCACAAGAGGAUUGAGGUGGAAGAGGCUCUGGCGCACCCGUACCUUGAGCAGUACUAUGACCCCACAGACGAGCCCGUGGCUGAGACGCCCUUCACCUUCGACAUGGAGCUGGACGACCUGCCCAAAGAGACGCUGAAAGAGCUGAUCUUUGCAGAAACGGCCCGCUUCCAGUCCGCCUUCAGGUCCUAACAGCUCACAACGAUGGCGGCUCUGGACCGGUUUACGAGAUGCCCCUGCUUGUCUCAGCCUCAAAUUGCUCUUUUGUGUAUUUUUCUUUCCAUUUCCUCUCUCCCCCAUCCUCCCCUUAUCUGCGUCGCCUGGAUUCCCUGGCUUUCGCCCGCCAAGUCCACUUUGCUCAGGAAUGGCGUCAGGAGUCAAUCAAUCUUCUUCUACUUCUUCUAUGCUUCUCUUCUCUUCGACCAAUCUCACUCUGUUUCACGCUUGCUCUUCUCUAGAGGUUACGAUGGCCACACAAUAUGACCAAUAUUGUGGCGCCAUCAAAUGAAGAUGAACAUAUAUUGUUAAUUAACAAUUAAUCAUGUCUGUCAAAGGUUUUGAUUAUUUUUUUUUUUUUUCUAAACCGUUGCCUGAUUAACUGAUGGCAAUAAAUUGCAUGCUUUUUCUUAUUUGCAACAUAUUAUUUUGGACCGGGCAGGUUAAAUCUGAAUAAUUAAAAAAAAUAUAUAUAUAUUCAAGUUGGUUCACAUACCGGAAUGGUUACAAUCUCUUGACAGUAAGGAUGAGCAUUUGAGCUAUAGAAGUUCUAUAUUUUUUCAAAGACACGUUUUGAAAAGCAAACAGAUCAUCAUGGUAUCCUUCUGGCUUUAUCGUGUGCGACCUUAGUGGGUUGUCUUUCAUGGUCUCAAAGUGCCAAUUUCUCUCCACUUAGGAAAGAGGUUUCUCUUUUGGUUUCUUUAUUUAGGCCAAUUAUGAACUCAAGCUUUCCUCUAUGUAGAAGGUUUUACCUAAUUAAACGGGAGACAAUCCAUGCAUCAGCAUAUGAAUUCAGUUAUCCACUGGAACCAGUUUAACGGAGAUAUAACUCGGCCUCCCAUUGUUUCACGAAUGAAUACAUAUCCUAUAAACAUCAAAUGUUGCGUUUCUCAUAGUCUCAACUUGUUGAUACUCACCUCAUUCGAGAGAAUACUGUGCCCUUGCAUGACUGUUAAAAGCUCUGUAUACAAAGACAAUGUUAAGUGCCACCCAAGUAUGCAGUUCCACUAAACCCAGCUAAUUUCUUUUACGUUUUUUCAUUUCAUCUCUCAAUGACACGGUGCUCGUUUCUUUUUUCUUUUUUCUUACCUUUUUGUCAUUGUUGUUCGCUUCAUGCGUGUUCUAUUUUUUUUUUGCAGCAUUUGUGUUUUGGUUUUUAGACAAGCUUCUCUAAUUCACAACUGCUGUAUUUCUUUUUACUUCUGUUCUUUAUGUUGCCAUGUUCCAUGGUUUAGCACCUGCAUGCUAAACCAUGUCCCAAAGUGGUUGAAAGGGAGAGUAAGCUGCAUGCUUACAACCCUACAUAAAUUCAUGUUGUUCCCUGUGCAAGAAAAACUAUGGAAUCCAGGCAUGCUUACUAUAAAAAGUUUGACUCAAUAAGAUAUUUUCAGGUUGCAUAUUUCAUGAAGUCAGUUGUUUUGUUUUGCUUUAAAUUGCACACUUUGGUGUAGAUGUAACUGCAAUGGAUCUGAAGACCAAUAUCCCUUUUUGUUUGACCAAUAAUUGCCUAUUAAUGACUGUGUUCUGUUUAAAUGUUUCAUUUGAAAUGAAUUGAAUCAUGACUGUAAAUAUCGACAUCUUCUCCAAGCAAGGAUCAAUGCAAGAAGUUGCCGACAAUUUAAUUUCUUUACAAAUGGUCCAAAAAUUAUAUUUCAUCGUAAACCUUACCACUCUUGACUUAUAGCACUCUCAUAUUGAUCACCUUUAGCAUUUUCAUAAACUUAUCGCUGAACUGUUAGUCAUAAGAUGUAGUCUUAAUAACACUAAAACUUUUUUCAUGCUAGAUUUGGUGGAAUCUACGUAAAUAGAUUCUCUCAGGCUCUAGUGGCAAUUACCCAAAUACAUAUAAAAGUAAAUAACGGUAUGAUAUGAGAAAUGUACGGUAGCUGCUGCUUCGGUAGCUUGCUUUGGAUCAAAACAUGUUCACAAUUUGUACAUGUGGCGCGGUGGGGUAUCGGGUGCUAGCAGUAACAUCGGAUGCAAACAAAUAUGCUUUUUGGUCUAUUGCAUUUCAAGGCCAUAUAUAAAGACGUAUCAGAUGAUUGGUUCAGUCCAUUGUCGAUUUAAACAUACACACACACAGUAUUUACAUUUUGUUUAUAUUUUAACUAUUGUCCCGAUACUUGUGGCACUUGCUGUAUGCAUAUCUCUUUGAUAAAAAAUAACUGAAAUGCACUUGUUUCUACAAUUAUUGCGAGGGGGGGGGGUGGACGUUAUGUCUGAGAGCUGAUGCCGAUAGACGAGAGCUUGCUUGUAUAUUACAACUGGGUGAGAAGAUUUAAGGGCACUGGGAUACCUAUCCGGGUUAUUCUGUUGUAUAUUAUAAGCUUCUGCUGCAGUUCUUUGUGCAACCUGUCUGUUUUGUGCCUUCUUAAAUAGUCUUGUUAUCCAAGAUUCAAUGUGCAGCUUUCGUUCGGUCAGGAAUCUAUUGUAUUUGCUUUAAAAUAAUAACUAAAAUAAUCAAAUAAAUGGGGAGGGAGGGGUUGGAUUGGGGUCAUCCUUUUAUCCUUCAGUUUUGUCAUUUUAAAUAGAUUUGAUGACAUAAUUGAGUGAUUUUGUGCUUGUGAAUUAAAAAUAUUAAAAUGAAAUGUUUGUAUUUUUAUUUUGCCUUUUUUUUGUGCAAAUAUUUUGAUUGUAAAAUGAAUGUUAUGUUUCUAUCAGACGCUAAUCUUGUUGAAUUUUACAAUUGAACUAGUUAUCUCUGUACGUUCUGAUUGGUAUAACAUGUAAUUGUGUAGUCAACAAAUUAAAUGGAAGUCCUGGUUGUAUUUCAACAUUUUUUGUUUGUUUCACCUGUCAUAGAAAGGAUUUAAACUUAUUGGUCAGUUACAUCUUUGCGGUCAUGUGAAGGACUCAACAUGAACAAACAAUUGACUUGGCUAUUAUUAAAGACUGACUGCCACUUAGCUUUAAUGUCUUGUU